AUGGGCUUUGAAAACAAACGAGUCGCCAUUGUCGGCGGUGGCCUUGGAGGCAUGUCGUUCCUCAACGCCGCUCUAUAUACAGGACUCAAGAAUGUGCAAUUAUACGAACAAGCACCUCAGUUCGCAGAGGUCGGUGCCGGCGUGAACAUUACCUCCAAUGCCAACCGGGUCCUUGACGCCUUUGGUUUGCAAGAAAGCAUGAUGCGCAAGUCGUCCCGCAAGCUUCCAUGCUACAUGGAAUACCACAAUUACAAGACCGGGGACUACGUGGGCGAGAUCGGGGAAUUCUCAGAGCCUCACGCUCGCCUCCUACACCGUGCUCACUUGCUAGAUUCGCUCAAGGAGCGAGUCCCCAAGUCCAGUCUCAACUUAGGGAAGCAUCUCGCAUCUGUGGAUCGCAACACCGCGGCCGGGUCUGCGCCAUACACACUUCACUUCAAGGAUGGCAGUACUGCCGAGGCAGAUAUCGUCAUCGGCUGUGACGGGAUCAAGUCCAAUGUGCGCCGGGACAUGGGUCUGGGCGAUGAUCCCAACUAUUCCGGCCAAGUGGUGUACCGCGGGUUCGUCGACUAUAAGGAUUUACCGGAGGAGACAGCGCAGCUCCUGCGCAAGACUGUUAACUUCCGUGGCCCCCAGCGCCACGUCCUGAUCUUGCCAAUUGGCAACCAGGAAACGGGGACUGAUCGUGCGGCCGUGAUCGGAUUUAUGUCCGAGUCCCUUGAGUCCUGGGACUCCGAGAGCUGGAUGUCCCGCUCUGAUAUCGAUAGUUUGCAGGAACAUGUCCGUGAUUGGUGCCCGCAGGUGCAGGAUAUCAUUGCAGGUCUCCGCAAGAGCUCGGGGGAUGGCAAGAUGCUGAAGCAGGCACUGUACGUGCGGGACCCGAUCAGCAAGUGGUAUGAGAUGAAGGAUGGACAGAAGGAUGCGGGUAUUAUCCUGCUGGGUGACUCUGCACACUCUACACUUCCCCACCAAGGCCAAGGAACAUGUAUGGCUAUUGAAUCUGGAAUUGCCCUUGCCACUAUUCUCCGCCACUGGAAGACCGACGACCUCCAGGCGGCAUUCCAAUUCUACCAGGACCUCCGCAAGCCCCGAACCGACCGUGUCACGGAAACGAGCUAUGAGGCUGGGCGGCUUGCCAGUGCCGACUCCCCCGGUCAGAUGACGGACAACUUCAACCCGGAUGCUUUGACUGAGCGCAUGCGGUGGAUUAUGGAGUACAAUGUCCUGGAAGACUUGCGAGUAAAGGCUUACCCCAAACUUAAGUACUCCAUGGUCCUGAAGUCAGACCACCCUCGUACGAUGCAAUAUAUAAGGAUCACCCCACUUAGAUCUAUAAACAUCACUGAUACAGUAGUUAAUAUCCCCCAAACCACGAAAACAUUCCAUUUGAAAAAAAAAAAAAGAAGAAGAAGAAAACAAGCCGGCGCUCGGCCAUUUUCACAUGUUAGCCGGGGGGCACCUCCGCAUUUCGACUUUCACCCCGACUUUCUUUUCUCCCUUUUUUUGUCUUCACAACACAACAUGGAGUUCACAUCCACCUCGGGAGGCUUCCGCUCUAGGCGAUCAUAUCCCAACCUCAACCACGUCUCUCUCGCACCAUUGACCCCACGAUUUCCCAUCGACGACGACACAGAAGCAGACUACUUCAAUCACCACGAUAAUGACUCCUACCUAUCCAGCAUCUCAGUCCCCAGCACACCCCCAAUCCUCUCCCACUCGCGCAGCAACUCCCACACCCGCCACCACACACGCAGCAAAAGCUCAACCCUAGCUCCAUUAAGCGACACAAACCUCCAAAGCCGCAAUCUCGCACACCCCCUCCACCACCGCAAACCAAACAGUGUAUCUGUAGCCCCAUCCCGCAUCCGGACCCGAGCAGCAGAUUCCACGAAAUCUAAAUCCGAUGCGGAAUGGAUGCUCCGCGCUGGGAUAGCGCUGGCAUCCUCAACGCGCGAAGAAAAAGGCCAAAGCUGGCUCCAUAAGCGUGAAAGCUCCACGAGUCUUGUCUCCGAGCACUUCGAUGAACCACGUCACCAUCGGCGGACAAAGUCAGGUCCUUCGCGUAAGUCCCGCUCUGGCGCGUCGACGCCGUUUCGAUCCCGCGCUGCAAGUAGACGGGGUAGUCGGGCUGGGUUGACGAUGACUGGACUGCCGACUACGUCAUCUUCUCCGACGACUGAGCGAUUCUCAACAGGCGGUACGGGAGCUAGUAGUCCCGAGGGGCGGGGCCGUGCUCUAGUGCCGGAUUUUGUGGACGAGCGGAUCCGCGCCGAGAUGGCGACGUUGCAGGGUGGGCUGGAUGAGUAUGAGUAUGGGGAGGGGUCUGAGUUUGGGUCUGAUACUUCUGGUGAUUCUGAUGAAACGCCGGACUUUGACGAGGCGGAUCUGCAACAGUUAACGCGGGAGCGAGGGUUUGGGCUUGGAUCUUGGAUUGAUCGGCUUGUUGAGUGGACUUUGUUUGGGGUUGAGGACUGGCCUGUUGUCCCGCCUGUGUCUGGGACUUCGCGGAUUGGAUCUGCUGAUACUACUACAACUGUGACCUUUGAUGAGCCUGUGGAGUGGGAUAAUGAUGUGGAUACGCUUUCGCUUGUUGAGGAGGUGGAUUCCGAUGUGGAUGUUUCUCCUGAUGAGACUUCCUCUAAUGGUUCUCUUGAGAAGCCGGGGGUACAAGGUGGGUGGGAAGAUGCUGGAUGGUUGUUCCGUGUUGUCAAGCGAGCAUUGGUAUGA